GCCCGGUAUGGAUUGGCACUGACUCUUGGCAUGAGCUACCUUCUACCUAGGUAUAUCCAGGUAUUUUUCGAUCAUCAUCCCACUACCGAUGGGUGUUUGAAGUGCUGUGCAAGCAAGCAGCAUGGACGCAAUCAAGCUAGCAACUCGACGCCUGCGAUUGUCGCCACUAAAUAUAUGCAGAAGCUGCAACAGGAAGCUGAAGCAAUCGCUGGCUAGAUCAUAUGCGACUGCUCCCCAACCUGACAUCUACGAUGUUGUCUGUAUUGGUGGCGGGCCAGCGGGCCUCAGUCUUCUUGCUGCAUUGAAGGCAAACCCCAUCACCGCCGAUCUACGGGUGGCGCUCGUCGAAGCUCAGGACCUAGGCAAGCUACGGUCAUGGCAGCUCUCCCCCGAUAGCUUUUCGAAUCGCUGUAGCUCUCUCACGCCGUCUUCAGCCAAGUUCCUCGACCAGAUUGGUGCCUGGAGGCAUUUACAACGAGAUCGAGUUCAGCCAUACCACGAGAUGCAAGUCUGGGAUGGUGUAUCGGAUGCGCGCAUUGAAUUUGACUGGGCGCCAGGGUCGGCUACAAACGGACGUACCAUCGCAUAUAUGAUUGAGAACCUAAACCUUACAUCGGGUCUCCUAAAACGUAUCGACGAGCUCAGUGGCAUUACGACGUUCAACAGCGCUCGUGUAGAGAAUAUUACCCUAGGCGAAGAGACAGAGGAGCUGGAUCUCCGGCAGUGGCCGAUUGUUCAUCUUGGUGGAGGGAAGCAACUAGCAGCUCGGCUACUCGUCGGUGCAGACGGGGCUAACAGUCCGGUGAGAACCUUUGCCGGUAUUGAUAGCAAGGGUUGGGAUUACGGACGCCACGGCGUUGUCGCGACGUUAGAGUUAGAAGGCAACGGCUGGGCUGGAGACGACAUGAAGAUUGCCUACCAGAGGUUUCUACCCACAGGGCCAAUUGCCAUGCUACCUCUUCCCGGCAAUCGCUCAACCCUCGUCUGGUCUACGACACCACAAAAUGCGGCAUUGUUGAAGAGCAUUUCGGCAAAAGAUUUUAUCGCUCUUGUCAAUGCUGCCUUUCGUCUCAGCCCCGUGGAUUUGCGAUUCAUGCACACGAUGAGUUCGGGACAUGAGGGAGAAUUAGCUUGGAGGCUGCAGCACACGCGGUUCAACGCCCAAUCCGUACCACAGAAUGUCGUCGGCGUACAGGAGGGCACUGUCGCGUCUUUCCCCCUGAGAAUGCGCCACGCAGAUACCUAUAUCGGCGAGCGCGUAGCAUUAGUAGGUGAUGCUGCGCACACUAUCCAUCCACUUGCCGGCCAAGGUCUCAACCAAGGACAAGGUGAUGUAGAAACCCUAGCCAAGACCAUCGACUACGCGGUAUCACACGGCCAGGAUAUUGGAGCGCGUAUGUCCUUGGAAUCAUACACCUCGGAACGAUACGUUGCAAAUCACAUCAUGCUCGGUGUAGUAGACAAGCUGCAUAAGCUAUAUUCGGUUGAGAGCGGGCCGCUUGUCCCGCUGCGCUCAUGGGGUUUGAGCGCCGUCAAUGCGAUGGGGCCUCUCAAGGGAUUCUUUAUGCAGCAAGCUGCUGGCACCAAACUAUUCUAAGCCUACGCUGACUGACUGUAUUAGUAUUUAGGCCCGUAUCAUUGUUGCUCACUGUCACUUUUUGGUGUAUUCUAAACUGUACAAGUAGCAGGCCGUAGUAGCUAUCGGCUGGGAUCUGACAAGAAUUUGCUCUGAUCUGGCUGAACUAAAUUAAUAGAUACAUAGACAUCAAAGGCUCCAACCAUGUGCAAGGUUUGUGCCAGCUCUAAUUCAUCUCAGCAGCGUAUACUCAUAUAGAAUAUACUUCAAAAUGUUCGACCUUUUCGCAAGUUUACUAUUUCUAUAGAGUGAAGAUAAUUUUUACAUUCAAACCAG